CCCGGUCUUCGAGUACAAGUCUCUAGAAGCAGCGUGGACCAGUUACAGCGGUAUUAGCGUGGACUUGGACGUCGCCAUCUGGAACCGUCGGAGAAGCUGCGAAAUCAGUCCUAGACCGAGAGGACGACGGAGCUUCAGCCAUGGGGAGCUUAUUUUGAUCAAGCUCCCAAUGGCGGAUGGCAGGCUGCGGUGCCAGCGAAUUUGCUGCGACGCCACCUUCACCGAAGAGGACAAUCCUGAAGGCUCGUGUCAGUAUCAUGUUUCGGUAAGGCGCCCGUUCUGACUUCUCCUUGGCUUGAAUUGAAAACAUUCCUCGCAUUCGUCUAGAUACUGCUUUGAACUUAGAAUUGUUUAUCAUUCCAAUUUCCAUAUCGUUUGUGCGCAUUAGGAAGCCUUGGUCCGAGACUUUGACAUAGCUAAUUGGGUUGUGGAUGUUCAUUCAAUUCUAAUGCUUCGGGUUUAAUCCUCCUGUUUUGCUGUUUGGAGUUUGAUAUGGUUGAAGAACACUUCUCAUCCUUGCCAAACUUGAUUUGUAAAUGUGGAUGGCUAGUAUCUUGUAAUACCAGCCUGAACUAGUUGACUUGUGGAUUCAGCCAAGUGGCGUUGCCAAUGUUACUAUCUCUGAAAUAGCUAUGUUGGAAUCCUGUUUAGCUUCAACAAGUUGUAGUUAUUGACAAUGAUUUUGCUAUGACGUCCCUAACGAGUUUUAGUGAUUGUCCUUUUUCGUUGCAUGGUUCGACUGGGUUUGGAUGGGUGCUGGUCUUUGCAUCAGGGUCCCAUGUUUCAUGAUGGAAUGAAAGAGUGGAGUUGUUGCAAAAAGAAAAGUCACGAUUUCAGCUUAUUCAUGGGAAUUCCAGGAUGUAAGACAGGUAAACACACUACCGAGAAGCCAGUGGUGGCAAAGGUGAAUCCAUCCCCAAAGGCUCCUCUCUCUAAACCCUCUGUGCCUUCUACGACAAGUGCACCCUCCAGAGAACUUUGUCCAAGGUGCAAGCAGGGUUUCUUUUGCUCUGAUCAUGGUGCACAACCGAAAAAAGAUGUCGCCCCAGCUAAAAAUAACACAGAGAUUCAAGCUUCUGCUCCUCCUCGGCCUAAGAAGAAAAUUAAUAUCAAUGAGCCCCAAACCUGCAGAAACUCCGGAUGUGAUCAAACGUUCAAGGAAAUAAACAACCAUGAUACUGCGUGCACCUAUCAUCCAGGGCCUCCUGUUUUUCAUGACAGGAUCAAAGGGUGGAAGUGUUGUGACAUCCACGUAAAGGAGUUCGAUGAGUUCGUGAGCAUUCCUCCCUGCACCAAAGGAUGGCACAACGCCAUUCCGACUUCUUGAUCUCGAACACAGCAUUCCUCCCUGCAUCAGCAACAAGUUAGUCUCUUCAUCUCUCCUUCAUGGUCAAUGUCUGCGAAAACAGUAUCUGCUUCCUUUGUUCUGGUUAGUGAUUCAAUCACUGCUUCUACUGUAAACCCGUUACAUACAUCUCCAUUAUCUCUUGGAAAGCAUCUCCAAAGUCAGAUGGGCCUUGACUGCAAAGCCUUGCGGCCCAUUUAUCAUUACCGGGCUGGAACAGCCCGAGAUCCUGGACUGGUGUACUAUUAUUAUGUGGUAUUGAAUGGUAUAUAAUGCAGAUUGAUCUGGAAUAAGGUGAGGCAAUAAUA